AUGGAGAAUGAACAAGAUAGAGAGGCUGGUCAGCUCAAACAUAGGUGGCAGCGUAUUAAUGACCACGUUUGUAAGUUUGUGGCUUGUUAUGAAACAGCUUUGAAACAGCAAAGCAGUGGACAAAAUGAGAAUGAUGUGAUGAAGGCAGCUCAUCACAUCUUCUACAAUGAUCACAUGUUCAAGUUCAACCUUGAACAUGCUUGGUGGAAAGCCAAAAAGAAGGUUGAUGCAACUACAACUCAUUCUGAAAGCUCACAAACCCAAAGCGUUGAUAUAGAAGAAGGCUUCGAAGGAAGCAAUAAAGAGAAAAGGCCACAAGGAGUUAAGGCGGCGAAGGCUGCAAAGAUGAAGGGAGUUCACACAGGCGGUCAAGAAGGAGAAGAUGAUAUGAAGAAGCUAAAAACCAUGUAG